CGAACGCCGGGUUGUAGCGGCUUAGAGAUUGGAUCCCGGAUCAUCGUUCUCCUCUGAGCAUGAGUUACGGUUACGGAGGUGGACGUGGACGUGGACGAGGGCGUGGCUGGAGGUCCGGAGAAGAGCGCUGGGGUUCAGGCUGGGAGCAGCGGGAUGAAGGUGCUGGAGGAUCAGGAGGAGGAGGAGGAGGAGGUGGAGGAGGAGGUCGGGGGAAACACCCUCCUCACCUGAAAGGUCGAGAGAUCGGACUGUGGUACGCCAAACACGGAGGAGCCCGGAGAGCCGAGGCCGAGAGGAAGUCUAGAGCCGUGGUUCAGAUGGACGAGUCGAGAGAGCAGCACAUCACGCGCCUCCUAAACUCGGUCCAGAGCGACCCGUCCCGAGGGCACGCCCCCUCCGCCCCUCCGUACAGACCCGCGAGACGAGAACCGAACACUCACAGCUAUUUCGAUGGUGACGAGCCUACAGACGAGCAGCAGAAAACAUCGAGCGUCACGGAAACGAAGCCGAAGCCGAAGGUGAAAGACGAGGAGGAGGAGCAGGUGGAAGAGUGGGAGGACGUCAAGGAGGAGCAGAGAGAGCGAGAGCACAGAGAUCUGGAGUACCUGGUUCAGGAGUUGGUACAGAAACCGUCGCUGGAUGAGGAAUUAAAGAGCGACCUUCAGAGCAAACGAGAGAACCCGAAAUACUUAGACAUGCUGAAAUUCAGAGAGAAGCUUCCAUCCUACAGCAUGAGAGAGGAGCUGGUGCGGUUGAUCCGUUGGAACCCGGUGGUGGUGGUCAGCGGUGAGACCGGCUGCGGUAAAACCACACAGGUCACUCAGUUCAUCCUGGACGACCACAUCGAGCGGGGCGUGGCCUCCCUCUGCAGGGUGGUGUGCACCCAGCCCCGCCGGAUCAGCGCCAUAUCGGUAGCGGAGAGGGUGGCGGCUGAGAGGGCGGAGUCAGUGGGAGACGGGAAGUCCUGCGGUUACCAGAUCCGCCUGCAGAGCCGGUUGCCACGGAAACAAGGCUCGGUGCUGUACUGUACGACGGGGAUCAUUCUGCAGUGGCUGCGCUCCGAUCCAUGUUUAUCCAGCAUCAGUCACCUGGUCCUGGACGAGAUCCACGAGAGGAGCCUGCACUCGGACGUUCUCCUGAACAUCGUGAAGGACCUGCUGAGCAGACGAGACGACCUCAAGGUGGUGCUCAUGAGCGCCACGCUGAACGCCGACAAGUUCAGCGAGUACUUCGGUGGCUGCCCGAUGGUUCACAUCCCCGGUUACACCUUCCCGGUGCAGGAGUUCCUCCUGGAGGACGUCGUGGAGCUCCUCAGGUUCAAACCUCAGCAGAAGGAGCGGCGCCCCCGCUUCAGGAGGGGCUUCAUGCACGGCCAGAACGCGCGACCCGAGCAGGAGGAGAAGGAGGCGGAGUACAGGGAGAGCUGGCCCCGUUUCGCCCGCACUCUCCGACAGAGGUACUCGGACAGCACGGCCGACGCCCUGGAGAUGAUGGACGAGGACGACAAGAUCAACCUGGAGCUGAUUCGAGACCUCAUCCGCCACAUCGUACUCAACAAGGAUGACGGUGCCAUCCUGGUCUUCUUACCCGGCUGGGACAACAUCAGCACUCUGAACGAGCUGCUCACGGCUGAUCACAUGUUCAAAUCCGAUAAGUUUGUCAUCAUUCCGCUUCACUCCCUGAUGCCCACCGUCAACCAGACCCAGGUGUUUAAACGGCCGCCCUCUGGAGUUCGGAAGAUCGUGAUCGCGACGAACAUCGCAGAGACCAGCAUCACUAUAGACGACGUGGUGUACGUGAUCGACGGCGGGAAGAUCAAAGAGACGCACUUCGACACUCAGAACAACAUCAGCACCAUGACGGCGGAGUGGGUCAGCCUCGCCAACGCCAAGCAGCGGAAAGGACGGGCGGGCAGGGUGUCUCCAGGUAAAUGUUAUCACCUGUAUAAUGGUCUGAGGGCGAGUCUGCUGGACAGUUAUCAGCUCCCUGAAAUUCAGAGAACCCCCCUGGAGGAGCUCUGCCUGCAGAUCAAGAUCCUGAAGCUGGGCCGCAUCGCAUCAUUUCUGAAGAGCACUUUGGACCCGCCGUCAGACAGAGCCGUCGAGCUGGCCAUUACCCACCUAAUAGAUCUGAACGCGCUGGACCGGAAUGAGGAGCUGACUCCGCUGGGUUUCCAUCUCGCCCGUUUACCCGUGGAGCCGCACAUCGGCAAAAUGAUUCUGUUCGGCGCUCUGCUCGCCUGCCUGGAUCCGGUUCUGACCAUAGCGGCCAGUCUCAGCUUCAAAGAUCCAUUCUCCAUCCCACUGGGGAAGGAGAAGAUCGCCGACCACAGACGCAAAGUCCUGUCCAAAAACUCCAAGAGUGACCACCUGACCAUCGUCAACGCCUUCCGGGGUUGGGAGGAAGCUAAGAGGAGUGGAUACAGGAGCGAGCGCGAGUACUGCUGGGACAACUUCCUGUCCGCCAACACGCUGCAGAUGCUACAGAACAUGAAAGUGCAGUUUGCUGAACAUCUGUUAGCAGCUGGAUUUGUGAGCAGGAAGGACCCUAAAGAUCCCAGUGCCAACGUCAACUCUGAUAACGAGAAGCUCCUGAAGGCGGUGAUCGUCGCUGGUCUUUACCCCAAAGUCGCCAAGAUACGACCCAGCUUCCACAAGAAGAGAGCCAUGCCAGCGAAGGUGUACACCAAGGCUGAUGGGAAGGUCUGCAUCCAUCCCAAAUCUGUCAACGCUGAGGAGACGCAGUUCCACUACACCUGGCUCAUCUAUCACCUGAAGAUGAGAACCACCAGUAUCUUUCUGUACGACUGUACCGAGGUGUCUCCGUUCUCUCUGCUGUUCUUCGGUGGUGACAUCUCCAUCCAGAAGGACCAGGAGCAGGAGACCAUCGCCGUGGACGAGUGGAUCGUCUUCCAGUCUCCUGCUCGCAUCGCUCAACUGGUGAAGGACCUGAAGAAGGAGCUGGAUCAGCUGCUGGAGGAGAAGAUUAAACGUCCUCGGCCGGUGGACUGGAGCGACCGCGGCUCUAAAGACUGCGCCGUGAUCUCGGCCAUCAUCGACCUGAUCACCACGCAGGAGAGUCACAGCGCCGAGACGUCACGGGAACUGAACCACAAACACAACCGGUACUGGGAGUGACCCGGGUUCCCACUAAACUACACCGGAGGGACUGGUGAUGCACGAUCGGCUGCUCUAAAGGCGCCCAUCACUGACCGCUCCAGCGUCCGCUGACUGAUCCGGUCCACAACAUUAAAUAAUUCAAACAUUUUUCCGUCUGAUGUUCAGAUCAAGUGUGAAAAUAACGAGCGGCUUCACAAAACCGAGUCCCACCUGUGUAAUGUGUUCAUUUAGAUAUACUCAGUUCCUCUGUGCACUCUGGUGACCCCUCCUGGUUGUACGACUGCCUUGCCGGCCGUGACGAUCCACCGGCUGGCCGCUCUGGGGCGUACCUGAAGAGGCGUGUACCUGCCACGGUCAUGCCCUGUUCCCUAAUUGUGGCUUCCUCUGGCGCUGCAGACCCGAGGACAGCCUCAGACUAGCACACACACGCACGCACACACACACACGCACACACACUCACACGCGCGCACACACACACACACACACACACACUCUAUGAUUAUCGUUUAAAUGAUUGUGUUUUUUUUCUGUUGGCCUUGUAAAAAUUAAAAGCUGUUUACUCUUCCGUUUAAGGUAUGACCAAAAGUAUGUGGACACGUCUGAUUAUUACAUUAGUUUGAGUCUUUAAAAUGAACAUUAAUUCUAUAAUCUGAAUUCUAUCCUGCCGCUCCGUUUGAAUCCUCAGUGGUGCCGUCAGCCAGGUUGGGCGUCUGCAUACUGACACGACUGGCCGUCGGCCCCACGAUGGAUCCGGCGUCCUGUCUGGGGUGUGUUCCUGGACCCACCGUGACCCUGACCAGGAUCAAUCUGAACAAAAUAAACUGAAAUGCUUCCAGCAUCAGUGCCAGACGUCAGCGUGUUGGGGGUUACUUCAGGGCAGCGGUGGUAGUAAUCAGAAGGUUCCUGGUUCAAGCCCCACCAGCUCAUAGUUUGGUGUCCACAUACUUUUGGCUGUACUGUGUAAGUAAAGACUGACGGAUGUGAGACUGACUGUCCAGAUUUUAUUAUUAUUAUUAUUAUUAUUGAUGAAUUAAUGAAUUAUUUUGUGUUUUUAUUGUUUUGUUGAUUAAAUCUGCUGUUCAGCUACAACCUGA